GUACUGCUUCUGUGGCUGUUGCUGGCCUUUUUGCUGCCUUGCGGAUCACCAAAAACAAACUCUCCAAUCACGUGUUUGUUUUCCAAGGAGCUGGAGAGGCAGCAAUGGGAAUUGCCCACCUCAUCGUCAUGGCCUUGGAGAAAGAAGGCAUCUCAAAAGCAGAGGCUACCAAAAAGAUCUGGAUGGUGGAUUCUAGGGGGCUUAUAGUGAAGGGAAGAAGUCACCUGAAUCAUGAGAAGGAGGUAUUUGCUCAGGAUCAUGCAGAAGUGAAUACUCUGGAAGAGGUGGUUCGGCAGGUGAAACCCACAGCCAUCAUAGGUAGGUGCAGAGCACUUUCCAAUCAGGGUCCUGCUUGAGCCAAAGGGAAGGGAAUAAGAAUGCAAGGGAUAGGGAGGAGGCUGGCCUUCCUGGAAGGUGUCAAGAAAUGGAGGAGAAAACUCUGCCUAAGCAGA